AUCCUGGCUACAACAGCACUAGCACCUUCUGCCUUGCGGGCCAGCUGCUGGAUGGCGUUUCAGUCAGGCUUAGGAACAGAGAAGCAUCCUGGCCCCACGUAUCCCUGGGCAAGCGAAGUCCAGAGAGGACGGGCACGUACGAUUUGAACCCCUGCAGCGCUAGAGUAAGGUGAAAACUUCUCUCCAGAUAGAUACACCUUCUCUGCAGCUGCAUAAGUGAUCUCCAGUUUACCUCCAUCUAGCUCUGAAUUAGCAAGACAGCCUUCAAAAAGCACAAUGGCUUCACUUCCUGUCUUGAAGCAAGAAACGUUGUUCCAGAACGGUACAUGGAGCUAUCGAAUUCCGGCCUUGCUCUACCUGCCGCGUUUCAGCACUCUCCUGGCGUUUGCUGAGGAACGGGAGGAUGUGGUGGAUGAACAUGCCAAGCUAAUCGCCGUGCGCAGAGGCGUGUAUGACCCAGCCACACACCAUGUUCAGUGGAGUAGGAUGGAGACCAUUGGUAGUGCACAGCUGAAGGACCACCGAUCUAUGAAUCCUUGUCCGGUUUAUGAUGAGGUCUCAGGGAACCUCAUCCUCUUCUUCAUAGCUGUCCCAGGAAAGAUCUCUGAGCAGCACCAGCUCAGAACAAAGAUCAACCUGGUACGUCUUUGCCGUGUCACUAGCUCGGACCAGGGGCGCACUUGGAGCGCUGCCCAGGAUCUCACCAAGGGCACCAUUGGCACCGAGUACAAGAACUGGGCCACUUUUGCAGUGGGACCAGGUCACGGGUUACAGCUGCUCGACAAGGCCCGGAGCCUUGUGAUUCCUGCCUAUGCCUAUCGCAUCCUUGACCCUAGGCAGCACCCCUCCCCUCACGCCUUCUGCUUCCUCAGCUCCGACCACGGGGCGACGUGGGCGAUGGGCAACUUUGUGGAGGAGGAGAGCGCGGUGGAGUGUCAGGUGGCAGAGGUGCACACCUGCGGCCGAGAGGCGCUCUACUGCAACGCGCGCAGCAACACGGGCGCCAGGAUCCAGGCUGUCAGCUACAACCACGGGGUGGACUUUGAGGGAGGCCAGCGGAUUAAAAUGCUCGUAGAGCCUCCCUUUGGAUGCCAUGGGAGUAUUACUGCCUUCCCACCUCCUCCAGAUGCCAGGUGCCAAGAUACUUGGUUGCUGUACACUCACCCUACGGACCCAAAGGACCGAAAGGAUUUAGGAAUUUACCUCAACAAAAGCCCUUUAAAUCCAGCAUCCUGGACAAAACCGAGCAUCCUCUGCAAGGGCCUCUGUGCUUAUUCGGAUCUGCAGUAUAUGGGGGACGGCCCAGAUGGCUCAGCCCUGUUCUCCUGCCUCUUUGAAUUUGGGACCCACAAGCAAUAUGAGAAGAUAAUCUUUAUCAUGUUCACUUUGAAGCAAGCCUUUCCAUCAGAGUCCUGAGCGUCAAACCUUUCCAGGGUCCCUCAGAAAACCACCUUUCCUGAUGCUUCUCCCUUUCACUUC